AUGAUUAGAUUUUCGUUGAGAAGGCUGAGCGGAGGCGCCGCAAAGCCGCACUGGGGAGAACCUCCGAAGAACCGCUGGCAGCCAUUCCUGCCCGAUAGACAUCACUACGGAGAACAUGCUACCUACAACGGAUUCGUUCUCCUGCUACGAGGACUGAGACCUCGGAUAGAACGUGCAUGCUGCGCUACAUUUAAAACCGUCAGUGAUGCCGCGUCGCUGCUCUACAGGCCAGUAGCGCGAUCGGUGCUAAAGCACAAUCCAGACAUCAGGUACCAAUUAGUAGCGCUCGUUGCCUUCUUCGGCACAACCCGGGCUAUAACCAAGUACUACAGCGACAUGUACCAGGGAAUUGUCGAUCUUACAAGCUUGUUGCAGCUGGGAGUAGCAGACGACCUCAACGAACAAGGCUUCUGGAAUUCGGCCAAAGAGGACAGGGACGAAAGAGUCAAGUACUUCGAAAAGGAACAAAACAGACUAAACAAGUUGUGGGAGAAUGCCUUCAAGCGCGCAAUGGUAACACAGAGCUUUGAUGCGCUUUGCGAGGACGUCAUCCCGAGGUCAGACGAGGUCAACACAGGGGUUCUUCCGCAGGUCUCCUGGCGCUUCAACAUGAUACCGUACGGCAAAGACAACGAAGAUGCGAUGGUGUUUGACACCCCGGCUUAUGACGCGCCGCUUAGGGCGAUGGCCCUCAACUUCACGUACAACAACCUGUCGGGCGACUGGGGAGACUACAUCAACCGCCAGGACAACAAAAAUGCUUUGUUGAGGCCAGCAAGGCAGAUGUUCACGGAUAUUUACAUUCCAGGAACCAAGUAA